AUGGCCGGCCGAGGUCAGCGCGGGCCAGCGAAAACGCUUCUUCAACCGAUCCACUUCAUCUUCAAGCUCCUACAACAAAGAUCUACAGUGUCGAUAUGGCUUUAUGAACAGCUUGCUGUCCGGAUAGAGGGGAAGAUACGCGGUUUCGACGAAUUUAUGAACUUGGUCAUUGAUGACGCUGUGGAGGUUAGAGUGCCAACAAAGGAUCAAGAAGAGCAAAGGAGGCAGUUGGGCCAGAUUCUACUCAAAGGCGACAAUGUUUCUCUGAUACAAGCGCUGCAAUAA